GGCCGUGAUGUUAGCGAUCGCGAAGACCGGUUGUGCCGUUGCAAUAGCGCGAGACUCCGUUGCAUCGUCGCGUUCUAAUAGAGGCGAAAGUCAAAAUCAAGAAGUUCAAAUCGAAAGACGCAGAAUUAUAAAGUGUCUACUUCAGCUCGUGCUCUGAUAUAUCAUCUAUCUCAGCCUUUUACAGAAAUCACAUCAAAGAAACACUACGACUUACACGGUUCCCACUCUUCGUUUACGAGCUCUCUCCAACUCUGUCGUUCAUCAUGUCUGCUCCAUCAGACGUCGCAUUUACGACAACAAUCCACCAUGAUACUUACCCAGCCAUUGCCAAGGCAAGCCAUGCCGGCCACACCGUGUUCAUCUCUGGUGCUUCGAAAGGCAUUGGGCGGGCCACAGCCUUGUCAUUUGCCAAAGCGGGAGUAAAGAAUCUUGUCAUUGCUGCCCGUUCGAAUCUGGACGAGGUUGAGAGAGAUAUUUUGGCCGUUUCAAACACCAACGUCUUGAAGAUCCAGCUGGAUGUUACGUCAAAGGAAAGCAUACAAGCUGCUGCUGACCGAGUCGCUGCUGAGUUUGGCACCCUCGACGUACUCGUCAAUAAUGCAGGCAUCCUAAAUCCAUUUCAGCCAGUAGCGGAAUCCGACCCGACGAAAUGGUGGGAUACCUACAAUGUCAACCUCCACGGUCUCUACCUCGUGACUCGAGCAUUCGUACCCCUCCUGCUUAGAGGUUCUGCCAAAGCCAUCGUUAAUGUGGCAUCUAUUGGUGGUAUUCGUACUGCACCAGGAGGCUCUGCUUAUCAGCUUUCCAAGACCACUGUUAUUCGCUUCACCGAAUAUCUCAAUGUCGAAUAUAAGGACCAUGGUCUUUGCUCAUAUGCCAUCCACCCUGGUGCUGUCAAAUCCGAUCUAGCAAGCAACCUGCCUUCAUUUAUUCCUCAGAGCUCACUAAUUGACACACCUGAGCUUCCGGCGGAUACAAUCUCAUGGCUCACUCAGGAACCUCAUUCCUGGCUGUCUGGUCGCUAUUUCAGCGUCAACUGGGAUAUGGAGGAGCUCUUCUCCAAAAAAGACGAAAUCGUUUCGCAGGACAAACUAAGGCUAAAACUCGUCGUCUAAAGCUAUGUCUCUUUUACCAUAAUUCAUAAUUCAUUCAAGUCAUACAUAGUAGUAUAAUGCAUUCUGCAUGUUUCAAUAAUUCGCCGUGAUCCUGAUAUCGCUGAGUCACUGCUUCUCAAGACUUGAAUAGUCUUUUAAACACCCCUCGGAGGCCGCGAGGCUUCUCGUUAUCAUCAUUGGUCUGUUGGCGUUCUUGAUUCCGGGCUCUUCUAGCUCCAUCCUC